AUGUCAAUAUUACCUAUCACUACGGUCAAGGGCAAAGACUCAAGUGAAGACAACGAACGCAAGAAGAGUUUACAGCAACAACGAGAUUUUAUCAUCGAUCUACUUAAACAUUAUUCGAUUGUUGCACUUGAUAUGAAAUAUUGUAAAGAAUACAUUCUCAUUCAUGUCUCGUACAAAGAAUUUUCUAAAACGAAUCAAUUUACAAUUCUUGGUAUUCCAUGUAAUCAAUUUGGUUAUCAAGAACCUGCUGAAACAAAAACUGAAUUAUUAAAUGGUUUGAAAUAUGUUCGACCGGGAAAUAAUUUUCUUCCGAAUUUUCCUUUAUUUUGGAUUGUUGAUGUUAAUGGUAAAAAUCAACAUCCAUUAUAUGAAUAUUUAAAAGCAUGUGUACCAUCAACAAAAAAAUAUUUUGAAGAUCAUACGAUGAUUUUUUAUGAACCACAUCAUUCUGAUGAUAUACGAUGGAAUUUCGAAAAAUUUCUUAUCGAUUCUAAUGGACAUCCAAUAAUGAGAUUUGAUAGUGAUGCUGAGCCAUUAUUUAUUCGACAAUUUAUUGAAAAACUUCUUCAAUUUAAAAAAUAUAUAUAA